AUGAGAUUCUGGGGGUCUAAACCCCCGGGCCUGAUCGACUUCGCCAUCACCGAUACAACCCACUCCGCAGAGGAAUCGGUGGGGACGGUCAACGAACGAUUGUCCGAGGGCCCCGAGAAAGACGACGGCCUGGGCAUCAAAUUCGGCAAACCGAUUGCGGGCUCACGCAAAAAGGCUGACGGCGUGGAGAUCAGCUGGAAGGUCACGCGUCCGGAGUUCUCCCAAGGGGACAAGACGCCCGGUCAAGAGCUCUUCCCCGACGGCAGAAUCGACGUCCCGUUCUUCUGCCACGACGUCACCCCGCGAGCAGGAAGGGUUCCAAGUGAGGACGAGAAGAAGACGACACACCCUUGCGGUGCCACUGGCAUUGCGGCUUGCGAGAUCCUCGUGCCCAAGCACCUGCUGACCGAGUACGCUCAUGUCUACUCCAAGAUUCUCGGCUCCAAGUUCGAGCCUGCUGCCGGAAAGAGCUCGUACACCUUCGACAUCGGCGUGCCGCAGGGGUCUUCCCGAUCCACGGUGGUAGUGCGCGCUGCUGAGAGUGAGAAAGACAUCAAGCGCAUGCAGGAGAGGGGAAUCGGUUUCUCCGAUCUUGUUCUUGUCGUCAAGGGCGAUGCCCCUGGUGGUGAUGCGAAGCGCCCGUUGGGCUCCACGGGCAUUGAGUCUACGAUCUGGUUGGAAAAGCAGAAGUCUUAA